CUCGUCUGCUUGGCUGCCGGUUAGUUAGUCAGUUCAGUUAGUGCGUUGGUUGGUUAGUUAGCAGGUCAGGUCUUAGUUCAGCGAGGUUAGUCAUGUUGGUGUUGCAACUGAUCUGGAGGCAGUCAGGAGGAUAAAUGAGAUAAAAACAGAACAUGGAGUCACUGUGAUGCAGGGAGUUCUGCCUCCUCAUCGCAGCAGUAACUGAUUUAUCAAACACUGACUCCAAGACGAUUGGGUUUCUGUCAGAGGCAACUGGAGUCUGAAGCUCAUCAGGAAGCUCAUUAAUGACAAAAACACGUCAGAAGUUUAACUUGGAGUGAACCUGAAAAGCAAGACAAGAGGAAGAUCUGUAGAGAUCACAAUGCAUGGUGUUGAGGUGAACACCUGAGUCCAGCUCAGACAAAAACACUCAUAAUGAGCUCAACCAGCUUCAUUCCUGCUGAGGAACCAUUGACUCCCCCACCACUGACCACGCCCCCUCGCAAACCCUCGGUCCGCCUCCAGGAGAGGCGGGGCUCCAACUUGUCGCUGCUAUUGGAUGUGAGCAAUCUGGGGGUGGAGUCGGUUUGUUCUGUGACUACACCCAAGGAGGUGUGGCUUCAGCUACUACAUACAUCCUCCCGAGCGCUCACACAUGCUCAGUUGCAGGAAGCUGCAGCAGACAUAAACGCUCUGAACACAGAGUACCAGAAGAUUCCUCCGAACUUCGUGAGCGCAGCCGAGCUCGAUGUUUCGGGACACAUGAUGAAAGACAGAUACAAAACCAUCCUCCCCAACCCUGAGAGUCGGGUGAUCUUGAAGAACCUGGAGGAAGAACUGGGUCCAGAUCGCUACAUCAACGCCAACUAUAUCAGGGGCUACAAAGGAACUCCGAAGGCCUUCAUCGCCACCCAGGGGCCGAUGCUGCACACCGUUGGAGACUUCUGGGACAUGGUGUGGCAGGAGAGGAGCAGUGUGAUCGUCAUGGUUACCAAACUGAAGGAGAACAAUGAGAAAUGUGAGCCGUAUUGGCCCCAGCUGAGGGAAAGAAAAAAGGUAAAGGAAGAAGAUGAGAACCAGGAGGAAAAGAUUCAGAGGGAGGAAGAUGAAGAAGAGGGAGAAACGAGUCAAUUCGGCAGAUUCUUGCUUACAGUUAAAGACAGCUGGGAAAAAGAUGGCUUCACCAUCACAGAUAUUGAGAUCCAGCUAAACUCUGAGCGUCGUCCAGUCAGACACUACUGGUUCAGCUCCUGGCCCGACCACCACAUCCCACAAUGCAUUGUUUCUCUGCUGAAAUUGGUGGAGGAGGUUGAGAUGUACAGGAAGUCACUUCAACCAUCUACCAGCUCUCCCCCAAACGCAGACACUGUCCCUGACCCUGGACCAAUCAUUGUCCACUGCAGCGCAGGUAUCGGGAGGACGGGUUGUUUCAUAGCCAGCAGCAUCGGCUGUCAGCAUCUCAGAGAAACCGGACACGUGGACAUUCUGGAGACAGUUUGUCAGCUCCGACUUGACAGGGGUGGGAUGAUCCAGACCACAGAGCAGUACCAAUUCCUGUACUGCACACUAGCCCAGUACAGCCGCCAACUGCAGCAGAACCAGGACCAGAACCAGAUCACCACAGUCACACAGAACCAGCAGAACCCUGAGGACCAGGUCAGCGUACAACUGGAGAACGUUCGGCUACAGAACAACUGAAAAAAUCCAGUCAUGAAGAGCAAUGCCCUCUAAGAAAUCUGAGAAUAUCAGCACAGCAGUGGAGAACCAGGAGGAGUAGAAGAGGAGAACCCAAAAGCAGCCUUAUGGACACCAGCAGCAUACGGGACUGACAGGGAACUGGAUCAGUCAGGGUAACACAGCAGAACCAGGAGAACUGGAUGUUCUGUUUGGAAUCCACUGAAAAUAUGGAGAACCAAGAUGUUUAUUCUGGACUGAAAAUAUUAGACAAAAAGUCAGAUCAGUAAAAUUAAAUAAAUAUAUUGUUUACCUCUUUGUGUUUUAUCUGAAAUUAAUAAAUUUAGGUUUGUUUUAAAUUA